GGAGAGUGGGAAGAUGCUGUAAGGAUAUUUGAUGAGUUGGAAAAGUUCGGGUUGCAGAAGAAUACAGAAUCCAUGAAUUUGUUAUUUGACACACUUUGCAAAGAGAAAAAAGUUGGGCAGGCUCGGGAAAUUUUCUUGAAGCUUAAAUCGCACAUCCCCCCAGAUGCUCAUACUUUUAACAUAUUUAUUCAUGGUUGGUGCAAAAUUAAUAGGGUCGAAGAGGCACACUGGACAAUUGAAGAGAUGAAAGGUCAUGGUUUUCGGCCCACUGUUAUCAGCUACUCAACCAUUAUUCAGUUCUACUGCCAUCAAUUUAACUUCAGUAGGGUGUAUGAGCUGCUUGAUGAAAUGAAAGAUCAAAAGUGCACCCCAAAUGUUGUGACUUUCACCACAAUCAUGCAUUCAUUAACGAAGUCUGGGGCACUUGAGGAAUCCUUGCGGAUAAUUGAUAGAAUGAAAUCUGUUGGAUGUAAAGCUGAUACACUGUUCUACAAUGCUUUUCUUUAUACUUUAGGCAGGGCUGGACGAAUUAGUGAUGCUAUUCAUGUUUUCAAGGUAGAAAUGCCCCAGAUGGGGGUUGCCCCAAGUACAUCAACGUACAAUACAAUGAUUUCAAUGCUUUGUCAGCAGGAACGAGAAGAAUUGGCAUUGGAGUUUCUCAGGGAUAUGGAAAAGUCGACUUAUUGUAAGCCUGAAGUGCAGACAUAUUUUCCUCUGCUCAAGGCAUGCUUUAAAGGUGGAAACAAAGAUGAUCGCUUGAGUAUGCUGCUGGAUGAGAUGUCUAGCAAGCAUCAUCUGAGUUUUGAUUUGUCAACUUAUGCACUUCUGGUCCAUGGGCUGUGCAAAGUAAAUAAACCUGAAGAGGCAUAUAAUUACUUCACGAAAAUGAUAGCUCAAGACAUAACCCCUCGAUAUGUUACCUGUCGCUUACUCCUGGAUGAACUUAGACAAAACAAGAAGCAUGAUGCUGCUACAAGGGUUGAAGACUUCAUGAAGAAAAUGAAAUCCUCUUGACCAUCAACAUUUCUUGGUAUUGUGCUUUUAUGCCCUCAAUUAACUAGUUAACACUCGUACCAUAUAAAUCCACACAAGGCCCCGGAUCUCUGCAAUUUAAACAACUUGGUCUUAUUUCAUCUCAGGACGUAAAAGAGUUUAUUCAGUUAUCUGCACUGUGUUUCUGUACAUGCACAAGCAUAAUGCUUCAUAAAUUUUGGUUUGUAGAGUGCAAUUUUCCCCCAUGUGCAGUUGUAUCAAUUGAUCAAACGUUCACUUACUUAGAGAUGAAAAUUGCAUUUUAGCUA